UCUUUAUGAUGAGACACGGUGCAGCAGUUGGUCAGUGUGUGUUUAGCUCUAAUUCUCUCUUUGGAUUAAUGUGUUGGUUUGGAUCCUCAGUAAGAAUGCAGGUGUGUUUUCUUCUCCUCCUUAUACAGCUUCAUGUCACUGAAGGCGCAUCAACAAGACCUUCAUCAUCCACACCAGUGAUCACAGGAACUUCACCUCAUUCCAGUCCAGGUGUCACAACAGAAGGCUGCAGGCUGAAAGGAAAUAGAGAGACAGAAGAGAUCACUGCAUACACAGGAGGCUCAGUACUGCUGCCCUGCUCCUGCACUGACCUCCACAGCAAACUUGAGACAUUCACAUGGAAGAAAUACACAAAUGGAAAUAACUGGGUACAGAUAUCUCCUGAGAGUGAUCAGUACAAAGAGAGAUAUCAGCUGGUUAAUGAUCACUCUUCAGGAAAUCUCUCUCUGCUCAUAUCACACCUGACUGAAGAGGAUGGAGGAGAUUACCAUUGUAUUGUUAAUGGAGAUGAAUACAGAUACGUCAGACUCACUGUUAAAGGUUGCACACUGAAUCAACAGACAGUGGAUGUGACUGGAAACGUGGGACAGUCUGUCCUUCUGCCCUGCUCCUGCUCUGAACUACAAGCCAAACCACACACUUUCAGAUGGAGCUUUUAUAAAGGAUCUGAUGACAUGAAGAUCUUCCCAAAGGACCAGACAAAUCGCUACACAGACAGAGUUCAGCUCUUUAAUGGUCAUCCUCCAGGAAAUCUCUCUCUACUCAUAUCACCCCUGACUGUAGAGGAUGGAGGAUGGUACAGGUGUGAGAUCAGUGAAAUGAAAACAUACAUCUACCUCACAGUGAAAGGUGCACCAACAAGACCUUCAUCAUCCACACCAGUGAUCACAACAACUUCACCUCCUUCCAGUCCAGGUGUCACAACAAAAGGUACAAAACUAACCCCAGUGCUCAAUGAUGAAUCAACUGCACACUCUGAAACAUCUUCUGAUAAAGAUCCUCUUCCAUACAUCCCUGUUGCCAUGGUGACUGUGAUCUUUCUGCACAUUAUCGUGGCUGUGGUUUAUUGCACCACCAGAAAGAAAGGUCCUGGUACAGUUCAUUACAGCAGAGGAGAUGGAGAUGGAACAGUGAGUCUGCAGUAGAGAAGACUUCAAUUUGCUGAUUCAUUAAUAAAUUCACCGAGAGAUUUGUUCAGAAAUAGUCUUGCUUAAACAGUUCUGUAAAUACUGUAGCUUCAUUUCUUAUUCACAGUUUGUUCUCUCCAACCCUUUAAUACCUUCAGCUUUCUCUUUGAUUCUUAAUAGUAGUUUAGUCAUAGAAUAGUCAUAUUGUGUAUAAGUUUAUAUCUGAUGCUUACAUGCUUUGACAAAUGCUUCAUUUUCACUAGACUUACAUCAUUAAAAUCUAGGCACAUUCUAUUUUUCUCCUCAGUAAAUUUUGAAUUCUGAUGUAUUGGGACUGACGCUGGUGAUCCUUCAUUUUUUGUAUAAAUAAAUCAAAACAAAA